AUGGAUCUCCCCGAGCUGUACAGGCUGUUCGACGUUGAGGCUGACCCGACUGUGCUGCCACAGUUCAACCUGGACUUCACCUUCGCCAAUACUGCCCUCCCCGACGCCAUUGGCCUGCCCUUUGAAGCCGGCGGCAUCCCGUCCGCCUCCCCAAACACACAUAUCCCCGGCACCGCCAACGCGGGCCAUCCGGAUGUCCACAUCAUCGCCGCCGCCGCCGCCGGCAACCACCGCACCGCACUCGUGCCUGCUUCUCACGACCAGGCAGACUGGGCCCUCGCGGAUCAGGCACGCGGCGCCGGCAUCCCCAAACAGCGGCAAAGGCGCUUCGCCCCGCGCAGCCGCCACGGAUGUCUCACCUGUCGCGCCCGCCGCAAGCGCUGCGACGCCCAGCGGCCUGUAUGUCGCGCCUGUAUCCGUGUCAACGUCGAGUGCGAGUGGCCCAGCAAGGGGCGCGCCUCCGACUAUCACCGCCGUGAUCUGGACACCGAGGCCAACGAUCACCAGCACGGCUGUGACGAGCAGCAGCAGCAGCAGCCGGCCAGACCCGAGGCCGCAGCACGCGGCUCCUUCGUCACCUCGGACUAUAUGGCUGCCUCUUUGUCGUCUUCGUUGUCUUCUUCGUCUUCUUCCACGGCUACCGUCCCUCAGGCUCCCAGCUACUCGACGCUGCCCAACCGCUUCAACCGCAAGCUCUCCGCCAAGGACGCCGCCCUGGAACGCCACCUGCUGACCUACUACGUACACAGCUUCAUCCCCCGCGUCACCAUAGCCAAGUCGUCCACCAACGUCUUCACAUCCCUCUACAUCCCCAUGUCCUUCCAGCACUCCGGCGUCCUCGACGCCAUCAUCGCCUGCGCCGCCGCCCACCUCGCCAAGUCCACCCAGAGCUUCCACAAAAGCCAGGAGCUGCACCAGGUCGUAGUCCAGCGCCAGCGGCUUGCCCUCGACUACGUCAAGAGCCAGGUGGAGAACCCGUCAAUGGCCGACGGCGUGGGAGAGCAGGGCGACUACAAGCUCGAGGUGGUGGUGGUCCUGCUGCUCCUCGUCGGCCUGGAGACGCAGACCGGCGGCCGCGGCUUGCGCUGGAUGCAGCAGAUUCAGUGGGUUCGGCAGCUGCUCCAGAGACAGGCGGCAUCCGUAACGGAUGUCUGGAAUUCUUGGGAAGUGGACUGCGUUCUGAACCACUUCGUCUAUCACGACGUCAUGUGCCUCAUCAUGGAAGAUGUCCUGGACCCAGAGACCCGCUCUGGUCUGUCUGAUGACUCUACUUUGGCUGACAGCCCGCCGUUGGCUAUGCCACCUCUACCGCCGCCUCUGCCGAUGGACCCAGUUCACUCCAGCCAGGGUUGCUUCGGCGCUUCAUCCUGCGGCCCUGCCUCGCCUGUGGUCCCGAGCAUACAUGUACAUGUAGGCAACACCAACAUGGACAUCGACUGCCUUCUCGGCUUGUCCACAGAUCUGUUCAAGCUCAUCAUGAGACAACGCGACUUGCGUGAGGCCCGCUACUGGCUGCCGGGCGCCGACGACUCACACUUCUGGGAGCUCGAGACGGAAAUCUCGAAUUGGCAAUACAACAACGAUCUGGCUGCCUCCCUGGACGUCAACACUCGUCUGGAUCUAAUCGCACUGGCCGAGUGUCAUCGCCUUACGGCCCUCAUCUUGCUCUACCGUCAACACACUGGCCGAUCCUACUAUCUGCCGGAUCUGGCCUCGCAGAUCAUGUCCAUCAUCCCCCGCAUAAGCCCAGACAGCCCCGUGGCUCCCGCCUUGACCCCCAUCCUGUUCCUGGCCGGCGCCGAGCUGACAUCGGAGGUGGAUAUUACAUUGUGCGCAAGCAGGCUGAGGAGCAUCAAGGACGGCAUCAAGAUGAUGAACGUUGCGCCGGCCGAGGAGGUUUUGCGUCAUGUAUGGAACGACAGGUUACAAAACAAAAUUUCGACCGACUGGCUCAAGGUGAUGCGCGCAAGGCAUUGGACUAUCAACCUGGGUUGA